AGAGACGAAAUCCUAAUUAUAAUGAUUUCUAAUUAGUGAAACUAGAUUUUUAUUAGUGAUGUGAGUAGUGGUGAACAUAGGCAAUCGAUCUGUACAAAAAUGUUAUCUAAUUAGUGUACCGAGGUAUUAGUUUUUUUAUGUUUCAUGUCUGUGAUGGGGAGGGGGUGGGGUCCAGGGGAGUCGCAAAAACCUAACAAUUAAACUUACACUCACUAUUUUCUGCGAAAAUAUAUGUGAGUUCCACAAAAUGAUCUAUUCAAAGAAAUUUACUCAAAAUACUUUCGACAUUAUUUCAUAUACUAUAGCUAUACUCGCGAGACAGAGAGAAAGAGAGUAGUUCUUUUCUAAUAAUAUACUAUCACUUCACCGCGAUAAAAAGAUAGAUCUCCUUUUAUUCUUAUACGUUUUCUCUUCUCUAGUUAAUAUUCCUGCUAAUGCUAAAUGGACACAGAACGGAGUGACUAUUGCUGGAGGUCACGGGGGUGGGGGUGGCACUAAUCAACUCUGCCUCCCUUUUGGUCUCUUCGUUGAUGAUGAUCAAACAGUGGUUAUUGCUGACUACUGGAAUAAUCGUAUCAUGCAAUGGAAGAAUGGUAAUACAACGAAUGGACAAGUUGUUGCUGGUGGUAAUGGCGAAGGAAAUGGAUUACAUCAACUGAAUCAUCCACGAGAUGUAUUCCUUGACAAAGAGACGGAUAGUCUCAUUAUUUGCGAUGAAGGGAAUCGACGAGUUGUACGAUGGUCACGCCGUAGUGGCACAACACAAGGUGAAAUACUCAUCGACAAUAUCGAAUGUUAUGGAUUAGUUCUGAAUGAAAAGAGAUAUCUCUACGUCUCUGACGGCGGAAAACAUGAAGUAAGACGAUAUCAAUUGGGUGAUAAGAAUUACACUCUCGUAGCUGGUGGUAAUGGCGAAGGUGAUGGUCUCAAUCAACUCAACACGCCACAAUAUCUCUUUGUCGAUCGACAACAGAAUGUCUACGUAUCAGACAUCUUGAAUCAUCGUGUGAUGAAAUGGAAUAAAGGUGCAAAAGAAGGUAUCGUCGUCGCUGGAGGACAAGGCAAAGGGUAUGCUCUGACACAAUUGUAUUUUCCUGAAGGAAUCUUCGUUGAUACAUUGGGUACACUCUAUGUAGCAGACCAGGGGAAUAAUCGUGUACUGCGUUGGACUCAACGAGACAAGAAACAAGGCACCGUAAUUGUGGGUGAAAAUGGUGAAGGAGAAGGAGACAAGCAGUUCAACCACCCCCAUGGUUUGUCUUUCGAUCGACAUGGUAAUCUCUAUGUCGUCGAUCAAUAUAAUCAACGUGUUCAACGAUUUUCUAUCGAAUAA